AUGGACGAAGUAGACUUCUUUCAUAUCGACGCACUCAAAUAUGCAGACGAUGCUGCUUUGGUCUUGUUGGAAUUCCAACAAAGGCGCGAUCACCUUCAGCAUCAUCGACAGGAUAAGACUUCCACGACUGCGGCAGACCACUCAAGUCUCUGCAAAAUUCAGCUGGACCCUGUCGCCUCUAUAACUAGCCAUAUCCCAAAUGCUUUGGCAUCUGACGGCCAUGGCCUCGCCUUCUCCUUUGAUAACGCAGUCUCGUCGAAGAAUAUUUCCGUUCACCUUUCACGUCUGCCACCUCGCCCAUCGAUGCUCUUCCCUUCGACAUCUACCAACACCCACCAGAUGAGCCACUUACAGCCACCUCAUUUCCAUACUCCCUCAAGUCGUCAGACCAACCUUUCUACCUCUGACCUUCCUCGAGUCAUCAUGGACGGACUCAGUAGCAGCCGCCUGAGGCCCAUUGACCCUCAGCGACAAUUCCGCCCCCAUCAGGAAUCCGACGGGACUUUUGAACCUUCAGACACUGCUAGGCCAGUCCGUUCAGCUCGCCAAGACCAUCGCUCUUCGCCCUAUCAGGAUCACAAGGGCUCUAUUGAUAGUAGCAGCUCUGACACCUUGAGUGGCUACGGCGCCGGCUCACGUCAUCCCGUAUCACGAAGUUUCGCCCGUCCCGCAGACUCAUCCCUUCCUGCUCAUCAUCAGAGUGGCCACACUACUACCCCCGCUGAGCCCCCAAGAAAGUCUGGCCAAAGAUCGUUCGGGGACUAUCCUCACCCUAACGGUGGCUUUGAACCUUCGGCCGGAGGACCGACCAACCUCGAUUACCCAAUUGUGGGGAGGACGGUAAAGCGCAAUUUGGAGGAACAGCACGAUGGAAGUGUCCCUCGCAAGAAUGCUGCGGCACGAGGAGGCAGCGACUCAGGUUCUGUCCAAUCCGAUGCAACAGGGGCUGCCGAAUCUGAGGCUGCCACUGGUUCCUGCGUUUAACGAUCGGUAGCCUCCUUGGAUGUCAGAGUCAUGACUGAAAUCCCACUAGACGCUGACAUCAAGUCGAAACGUCGCGCAAACGCGAGCUUAUUACGCACCUGCUACAUCGUCGAGUCAUGUCGGAUUUCCUUUCUUUUGGCUUCUCUCUUCCUCUGACGUUACAAAAUUAAAUUCCCUUUACUACCUCUUGCUUUUGUCUCGCUGUCCUUGCACCCGUUUUCCAGAAUUGCUACUGUGCUAUCACUGUGUUUUGUUUCUGCUACUUAUCCUCACUUCAUGCUUGCACUUAUAUCUACCUACCCUGGAAUUAGUAUCGUCGGGUCGAGUCCUCGAUGCUCCAGCCUUCAGGUGCUCCCGGGUUGGCAUUUCAUUCUACUUUUAGUCUGGAUUAAGAACGAGUGUAUUGGUAUUUAGUGCAGUGACUGGACUCUAAGAUCCUUCGAUAAGAUGAAUAGAUUAAUUAACCCCG